AUCGGUGUCGAUCUACUGGUGCCAAAGGCCACAGAGAGAGAGUCGCAGAGGUUUGGCAGCAUUGACGCCGCCUUUUGACCCCGAAGAGACAUACAGCAGCCGACGCAGCAGUCGACUUACACGCUCAACGAGCUACCGACAGCAGACACGAAGCCUUCGCCAUUGCGGACCUGCGACGAGGCACUAGAACUCUUCAUCAGAAACAAUUAACGACCAAGCAAGACAAGCUGGGGCAGAGGCAGCAUGGGCAUGGCUUGCGACGCCGAGGGCCGCGCGGCGACCGGUGAGCAGGAGGAGCCGCUGGCCAAAUCUGACGGCGUCUGUGGCGUUCAAGCGGAGGAGACCAAGUCGGACGCUCCGGGACUUAACCCAGAGGAGACAGCAAUGAUCCUCACGAGUUUAAGCAAGGGAUUCUCCAGUACGGCGCCGUCGGGGUCGCCAGACUCGGACGGAGAAGACAUGGGCGACUCGGAUGAAGAGGAAGAAGCAUCGCACCGUCGUCAACUCUCCGCGGCCGGCGGUGUUGGUAAGGUGCAUCGUGUGCAGCAAAUCAAUUUUGACGGCCCCAAAGGCAGCAAACUCGACUUCACGGACGAUGCAGGCCACAGUCAUCGCUUCCGCAACGAGAGCAAUCGCGUCAAGAGUCUAGUUACGAAGCACAUCUCCAUUGAGGAGCUACGUGCCCAUUUCGACCGACCCAUCAUUGACGUGGCGAAGGACUUUGGUAUCUGUAUCACUCUCAUGAAGAAGAUUUGUCGUCGUAAUGGCAUCAAGAGGUGGCCACAUCGCCAGAUCCGGUCGCUCUCGAAGAGCAUCGCGUCGAUGGAGGCUGCGAUGCUCAGUGCUCACGGCAGUGAGCGUGAGAAGUACCGAGACCAGAUCGUCAACUUGAAGAUGAAGCGCGAGUCUGUUAUCGCUGACCCCAAUAAAGACACUUCUAUGCGCCCCAAGACGCCGCCCUCGUACGGCGAACCCCCGGGCCAGAACGCCUCUGUGUCGUACCCUGUAACACCCACAGUCAAGAUGGAGAGCUUAGCAGUGGGGACUCCGAGUUCUUCCUCCUCAGGUCCGUCGAAAGGUGGACGUUGGACGAGCGAGGAGCACGCCGCCUUCUUGGAGGGCAUCCGUCUGUACGGGAAAGACUGGCGCCGUGUGGCUCAAGUGGUCAUGACGCGUAGCGCAGUGCAGACGCGCACGCACGCCCAGAAAUAUUUAUUGAAAUUUGCUGGGCGCUUCCCUUUUGAUGCCGACGGGAUGCUCAAGGAUCACCAGACUCAGACUCAGACUCAGAUGCUUGACAGGCCCAUGCUGAGUCUUACGACUUGUGUGGCGUCUGCCAUGACGCCUGCGAGUGAUGACUGCGUGAGCAAUGCGUCGUGGAACUCGGAAGAGGCGCAGCCUCCGGCCAAGCACGGCGAAGCCAUGGCCAUGAUCUUGAAUGGUAGUCCGCAGGUAGAACCGGCAGCCGGGGCUUCCGUACUACCGCCACUUCCAGUUCGCACGGCCAACAUCGAGGCAACGACGUUCCAGCUACCACAGCAGUUCGCGCCACAAGGAGCAGCCCCAGCAUCUUUCCAGUACUUCGUCCAGCAGCCGCCGCAGCAGGUUGCGCCGUAG